UGUCACUUCCUCAUUCAUAACAAAAGCAGUCAGUUGCACUGCGAGGACAGUAGGAAAAUAAUCCAACCAUUCUUGAACCAAAACACCUGAAAGCCACCAACAUGCUGCUGCUGCUCCUGUGCGCUGCCUGCUUGACCUUGUCUGCUGGACAAACAUCUACCCAAACACCUUUCAUCACUCCUGCCACGGGUCAACAAACAACACUCGUGACACAAGUUGCCACUCUUUCACCAUCCACCUCCACGGCCACUACGGGGAGUGCUACCCAAGCACCUUUAGUCUCUCCUGCCACGGCUGCAUCUACUACUCAACAAACAACACUCACGACACAAGCUUCCACUUUUCCGAACACCACGGCCUUAACAGGGAGUGUUCUGGGAAUCUUUGAGGCAGCAGUCCAGUCCGCUCACGAGCUGAACUCAACAACAAUUGCUCCAGUCUUGAACCGGGUCAGUAACCUCAUCCGAACCUUCAUACCAGGAGCGAACUUCCACAUAAGUGUGAAGAACAUCACCAGAGUGUGAGGCCUGCUCUGGUCUACAUAUCUGUUUAGCAGCUUCCUCUGACUGCCUUAUGGACCUCUGCCUAUGCCUCAUUGAUUGAAAGAAAAGCACCUGUAGUGCAGACAGAGAGCUAAGUUUUUUGUCGUUUUUUUUUUUUUUUUUUUUUUUUUUUGUCUUGUUUCCUUUUGGGCGGGGGAAACUUUUACUGCAGCAGCACCAUUUAUGUCAACAUAUGCCAGUGAUUUUAAUCUCUUUGAGUCACACAGGCUGAACAAAACUGACCCGCAGUGUAGACUAGGUGAUAAAAAGCAACUAAUCAAAGCAUCAGUAUCACAUCAUCAAUAGCAACAAUAUCACAUUUUUCAUUUCAAGAUGUGUUAAAACUUCAAAAGGUUCGUCUGAUAAUGAGAAGACGAAUUUUUAUCUCGCUUAUGGGUGUUUUUUUUUUUUACUGGUGAAAUCAAAUGAGCAAUGUGGGUCUAUGUUUUUUAAAUUAAGGAAUGCAGAUGCCAUGAUUGUUUAAAUCUGUAACAGUUAAUAAAUAAUAAUACAAAAUAAUUUAUCCUGUUAUAUCAAUAUAAUCUGCAUAAUAACAUAUAUUUUUAUACCAAACUGGAAGCAUAAAAAUUUGGUAUCAAAUGAUUUUGAACAGCACUUGGCCCCAGACGUGCUGAGGGGGGCAGCUGUUUUUCCUUUUCUUUGUGUGCCCUCCUUUGAAUGGACAAUAAAGAUUACUACACUUGGAA